AUGAAACCCAGCUCACCCGUUUCUCAGUUCAACAACUCGGGUGGCUUUCGCUCCCGCCGCUCCUACCCCAACCUCCACCACAUCUCCCUCGCUCCACUCACUCCGCGCUUUCCCAUAGACGACCUGGAACCAGCAGACUACUUCUCUCCACGCGACGAAACAGAGAGUCUUCGAACGUCAUACCUGUCCAGCGUCUCAGUGCCCAGCACUCCACCCAUUCUCUCCCACUCACGCAGCAAUUCCCGCACGCGCCACACUCGAAGCAAGAGCUCGACCCGCUCCGGCAUACUUAGUGAUUCAAACCUGCACAGCAAGAAUGAAGCUCUCCCACUUCACCAUCAAAUAAAGAAACGCAACGGCACGUCCCACACACGCCCAUUCAGCGAAAGCCAGACAUCCAAGUCAGAUGCAGAAUGGAUGCUCCGCGCAGGAAUCGCACUCGCCUCGUCGACCCGCGAGGAAAAGGGCCAAAGCUGGCUUUCCAAGCGCGAGAGCUCAACAAGUCUCGUUUCAAUGCCAUACGAGACCGACUCGCCUCGUCACCAUCACCGGACUAAAUCCAGCUCAUCUGCUAAGUCGAGGUCCGGUGCUUCUACACCUGCUUUGUCGCGCCGAAACUCUCGCUCCCGUGGCGGAAGUAGACGGGGUAGUCGGGCUGGACUGGCUAUGACAUCUCUGCCGCUUUCGUCGGCUCGAGUUUCCAUUCCUGGGACGGGAACUGUUAGCCCCGAGGUGCGCGGACGAGGUGGAAUGGAGCCUGAUUUCGUGGAUGAGGGGAUUCGUGCCGAGAUAGCUGCAUUGCAGCGGGAAAGAGGGAUCUCAGAUGAAGAGUCAGAGUACUGGGACGGAGAAAGAGGUUCGGAGGAUGAAGAUGAUUUCUCGGAUGGAACACUGGAUGACAUCGACGAGGCUGAUUUGCAGCGGCUUACGCGUGAGCGUGGGUUUGGCCUAGGAACUUGGAUUGAUCGCUUGGUUGAGUGGACGCUGUUUGGUGUUGACGAGUUACCUGCUCCUGUUGUCCCGACCACGACGAGGAUUGGGGCUGCAGCGACAACCACUACGGUUACCUUUGAGGAGCCUUACUCGCGCGAAAAUGACGAGCUACAGCAUGAUAAUUUGUCGCUAGUUUCGGUAGGGGAUGAGGCGGAUAGUCUUUCGCAAACGGACGGGGAGUCGAUUGCUGAAGUCGAGAAGCCUGGUGCACAGGGUGGAUGGGAGGAUGCAUCAUGGUUAUUGCGAGUUGUUAAACGGGCAUUAAUAUGA